AUGGUGAAUAACCAAGUGGAAGAUGGCAGAAACCUUCCAUGGCAAGUAUCGGCUUCACUCGUCCCAGGACCUCAGGAGUUGGGCAAUCAGGCAGCUAAAUAUGUGACCCCGUAUGUCUUUGCUGACCUUCUGUUUGUCACUGUGCAGUACUUCACCGACAACGGGGACCCAACCAUUGUCACCAACGAUCCAUCGUACCAAGGACUGAUAGGCCAACGGGAGGGCCUCUCUCACUAUGACAAGCUGUUGGCCAACCGCAUGUAUAGCUGUAUUGAUAAAUGGCUGGUGGUGUGUGGGUUAUCAUCAGACCCGUGUCAGAAUUUGGGUUAUACCGGCGCUGACUGUUCCUGUGUCUGUCCACCUCACACUGAUGGCGUUUACUGUGAAAGCGUCAUUGGUAGUUAUUACGAUGAAAAGAUAGAUAACUGCUCGCAAGUUAUCACUGAGGAAGGAAACAUCACAUCACCUGACUUCCCCGGCUAUGUCUCAGGUUUGGAUUGUCCCUACCAGAUCAUCGCUCCAGUCUGCCACGUCGUUCAAAUCGUCUUUACCCAGUUUCAUUUGUAUAGACGGGACAAUAAUCGAUGUUACUUUGAUUACUUAAUAAUUAUGAUUGAUGGUCCCAGCUCCUCUGAAGCGUACUGCGACCAAGAGAUUGCCGUCGGCACCUCAUUCACUUCUGUUGGGCAGGAGUUGAACCUCUUUUUCCAGACCCGUACCAACUAUUAUGAAGGCUGGAGUGCUGAAGUGACCUUUAUACCCGUACCAGGAUGCGACCCCAGCACCUCCACUACCACCACCACCACCACC